AUGGCCUAUUGGUUGUUGCUGCCUCGGCACUCGGCAGCCUACUGCUGUCCAAAAUCGAGUCUGGAGAUGGACCUUCAAGGGAACUGGGGAAGGGUCAAAGGGAGACUGGGAGAGACAACUGGAGGAGACGAGGAGGUGGGUAGGUGGCAGCCCGGCGGAGGAGGACUGGCGAAGGAAGGUGGCGGUCAGGCGGAGCCACGGAGAAGGACUGGGUCUGGUCGUCUGGGAGGCUGGCGUCGGCGAGGGAAGGAGGAAGUCGGAAGGGACAUGGGAGAGUCAGGGCCUCAGGGGAAUCGCACUUUGCCGUCACUCCUUACUCGUCGCCGUCUGGGUUUCGAAGAGGGGUGA